GCCGACGCGGUCGCUCCGGCCGGCGGUGCGGACGGGGGAGGCUGGGGAGCCCCAACCGCAGCCCCGGCCGCUCCACCGGCCGGUGACGGCUCCAGGCCCCGCGGCCCGGGCGAGCACAGAGGCUGUUCCGUAACGGGCCGGGGGCUCCACUGCCGGGGCAGCUCCCUGGGGGGCUCCACUCAGCGCCCGGCGGCGGGGAACGAAGGAGCUGCCGCUGUGACAGCAGCGCGGGGCCGUCUCUGUCCCCUGUAACGGGUGACAAAGUGGCCCGAAGCCCACGUGGCCUCCAGCAGCCACCGCUGCCCUGAGUGGAUCCCACCGGGACCCCCAGAGACCCCCGUUUGCAGGGAGCGGAGGGGAGGGAGAGCAGUGGGGGGCACGGCAGUUCCAGUGGGCCAAGAGUGUCCUGUGCUGAGCCCCCGGUCCGCUCUGGCUAAGGGCGGGUGCAAUGGAGAGCCCCGCCGGGGAUGGGGACGUUUGUCUGCCGGUGGCAGUAGCGGUUUUGGGGCGGGUUUGUGGGCCAGGCAGUCUCGCCAGGUUGCCCAAAGAGGAAGGGCGAGCUGGUGAAGCUGUGACACGGGAACGCGAGAGCGGGCGCAGACGGAGCCUCUCCCUGCGGCUGUUCUGAGCGCGGAGCUGCAACUGGGAUCACCUGCAGACACUGGCCGGGUGAUGCCAGCUUGAUCCAGAGCCAUGUCCAGGUACCUGAAGCACUUCACGGUGGUGGGGGACGACCCCAUCCAAUGGAGCAAUGACUAUCGGAAAUGGGAGGACGAGGAGGAGGCUGGGGAGAAGCGGCCGGAUUCGGAGAUCAAGCUGGAGCCCGCCAGGAGCCAUGUCUCCUUCCAGAUCAUGAUGAAAAGGCUCUUCAGCUCCCACAGGUUUCAGAUCCUGGUUGUCUGCUUGGUCAUCCUAGAUGCCUUGUUGGUCCUGGGAGAAUUGCUUAUGGACUUGAAAAUCAUCCAUCCGGACAAAUAUAAUAUAACCCCAAAGGUUUUCCACUAUCUCUCCCUGUCCAUUUUAACCAUCUUCCUGGUGGAGGUGGGGUUCAAAGUCUUCAUCUACCGCUGGGAAUUCUUCCACCACAAGUUUGAAGUGCUGGACGGGAUCGUCGUCAUCGUGUCCUUCAUCCUCGACGUCAUCCUCAUCUUCCGGGAGCACGAGUUUGAAGCCGUCGGGCUCCUGAUUCUCCUGCGGCUGUGGCGCGUGGCCAGGAUUAUCAAUGGAAUAAUUCUAUCAGUAAAGACCCGCUCUGAACAACAAGUGUCCAAGCUAAAGCAAGCAAACCUGAAACUUGCAACAAAGGUUGAACAACUGGAACAGAGCUGUAUAGAGAAGGAGCAAGAAAUUGAGAGGCUUAACAAGAUACUAAAACAGCACGGACUCAUCAGCGAGCAAAAGUAGGAGGCCGGUUUUCGAGGUGGGGACGUCUGCCCUGGAGAGAGCAGUGUAGCAAUCUACCAGUUUGACCUGAAAGGUUUUCCUGUCUCUUUGCUUUCUCCUGUAUGAUGUUGUCUGUAAACAUUUUUUCUAUUUGACCACACUUAGAUUAGAUUUUGGGAUUGAGAAAAAGAAUCUUGCUGGAAAAUUAAUCACACAUACUCCUGGUAAACAGUGAUUUUUAUAAGACGUUUCUUGUACAGUUAAAACUGGAAAAUAAUUUAAUAAAGACACAUCUUUACAAGCUGUA